UAAUAUAUAUAUAUAUUAUUGGAAAUCAGCAUUCAUAAGCAUCAAUACAAUACAUAAGUUAUUCCACAGCUGAUUUCCACAUUUUUGUUUUUUAAACGGUACACUAGAACGAAGAACCGCAAAAGAGACAACCCCCAAAACAAAAAGAGAAAUUAAUACAGUACAAUAAAAUACAUAGUAUUAUAAUAAUAUAAACAGAGGCAAGAGAGCAGAGAAACGGAAACCUUAACAAUUAUACUAACGAUAGCAAUACAUAAAUAAACACAGGAUGCCGAGUGUGCUCAUUAAAAACCUUGAUAAAAUAAAUGAAAAUGCAUCAAAUCAAAUCGACUCAGUUGGGGUCCAGAGAGAGCCUUCACAGCAACAUGUCUGUAAGGAGGAGGAGGCUCUCUCUGACCAGCAGCUCUGUGUUCAGGAGAGGAACACAGAGGAACACCAAGAUGACCCAGAGCCUCCACAGAUUGAAGAGGAACAGGAAGAAGUCUGCACCAGUCAGGAGGGGGAGCAGCUAGUACUGAAGCAGGAAACAGAAACCUUCAUGUUGACUCCUUCUCGUGAGGAAAGUGACCACAGUGACAAUCAGACUUUGCCGUUUAUUGCAGAUGACAGAAAUUACAGAAUUGCAGCAGAGAAUGAGUCUGUUGUCCAACUCCCAUUUAUAAUCUCUGUUGUAUCGGAAGCACAAAGUGACCAGCAGCUCCCCGAUCACGCCUCUCCCGUAACUGAGAGCAACGAUCGGACAGGAGGCAAACAUGGAGACUCGGGAUCAACUAAAGACGCAGGGCCAAAACCAAAAAAGAGCCCUCGUAAAACUGGAAAAAAAGGUGACAAUGAAAACAACUGUGACUUGUCAGAGAUUCACAGUGAUACUCGCAGAGCUAAAAAGCCUUGUAUAUGUGACGUAUGCGGAAAAGAUUUAAUUUACAAGUCAAAACUGCAGGCACACAUGAGAACCCACACAGGUGAGAAGCUCUGCGUGUGUGAGAUCUGUGGGCAAAGAUUCCAUCAGAUAGCAGCGUUGAACUUUCACAGAAGAAGCCACACAGGUGAGAAGCCAUUCCCUUGCAAAACAUGUGGAAAAGGUUUCAGGGGUAGCAAUGACUUGAAAAUCCACAUGAGAAUCCACACAGGUGAGAAGCCAUAUUCUUGCGAAGCAUGUGGAAAAGAUUUCAGAUGUAGUAAUAUCUUGAAAUCCCACAUGAGAACCCACACAGGUGAGAAGCCAUACACAUGCGAAACAUGUGGAAAAGGUUUUAGAGGUAGUAGUGACAUGAAAGUCCACAUGAGAAUCCACACAGGAGAGAAGCCAUAUACUUGUAAUACGUGUGGGAAAGGUUUCAGAAGUUGUAGUGACUUGAAAGUCCACAUUAGAACUCACACAGGUGAGAAGCCGUACCUUUGCAAUACCUGUGGGAAAAGGUUCAAUAACAUGUCAGGAUUGGUAAGGCAUAUGAGAAUCCACACAGGUGAAAGGCCUUAUUAUUGUGAAACAUGCGGAAAAUGUUUCGCAGCUAGUGCUGCCUUGAAUAAGCACAUGGAAGUCCACAGAGAGAAGUCAUAUCCUUGUAAAACAUGUGGGAACGGUUUCAACACUCGUGGCGGCUUGAAAAAGCACAUAAGAACCCACACUGAUGAGAUGCCAUGCCUCUGAAGGAUCUGUGGGAAAAUAUGCUUUGGGGUUUUUGAAUUGAAAAGGCAUAUUUAAGUGCAAAUUGACAAGUAAUAUUUUUGUUGUAACCCACACAAGAGCAGGAGCUAUAUGAUUACAGCACUUUUAUGUACACAGGAGAAACCACUGAACCACUUUGUUGAAACAUGUUAAAUCAGUGGAUGAAAUGCAGUUCUGCCAAGCUAAAUCUCAAACUGUCAAAUAUUUUCCACAAACAUCAAAUGUCAAUAUCUGAAUUUCUGAAAGUCCAUUUGAUAACUGUAUGAAGCCUGCUACAAAUCCUUGCCAGAAGUGGUAUUUUACAUUAAAGAACAACUGACAUCGCUGUUUCAAACUACCAUAUAAGAAAUUCUAAAAAACAAACAAACCACCAGGUUGCAGCCCGCCUGAAGUGCCUUCCCUCCGGCCUCGGCUUGUGCCAAUGUCCCCUGAAGAGCCUGGAGCUAUUAUUAUAUGAACGUGCCUUCUUUUUGCUAUUUUUGUACACAACCUUGCUUCUAUCACAGCUAUUUAUAUAUAUUCAGUCAUUUUUUUCUUAAUAAAAAGCAAGUCUUGAAUCAACAA